GCUGGCACUGUCAUGACGUAAUUUCCUGGAAGACGCUCCUCCGUCCUCCAUCAGCGGGCUGAGAGAGUCUGUAGAGCCAGAGACAGAGAACGAGGACCGGACCAAAACCAGGCUUUGAGAGCUUGUAUUUGUCCGGCUGUUUCUACGUUGAUGUAAAUCUGAACCGAGAUGUACGAGAUGGCCGUUACAAAAAGGAUUUGCUCCGGGUCACCCAGGCAGGAGCAUGUGGACAUCUUGUUGUAGCUGGUCCUGUCUGGAACCCACCGCCACAGUGGAAGAAACGAGCAGCUCAUGGCGCCAGGCCUACACCAACUCAGGCUACAGCCUGUCCCCCACGUCCCCCGAGCACCUGUGCAAGGCCUGCGGAGGCCAGUUUAACACCAUCGCCAGGAAGCAUGUGUGUGUGGACUGUAAGAAGAGCUUCUGUGGGCGCUGCUCUGUGCAGCUGGAGCCACCUCGCCCACGCCUCUGCCACACCUGCCAGCGCUUCCACGGAACCUUCUUCGACCGCGCCCAGCUGAUGAGGCUGAAGGUGAGGGAGCUGCGAGAGUACCUCCACCUUCACGAGGUCCCCACCCAGACCUGCCGGGAGAAGGAGGAGCUGGUGGAGCUGGUUCUGGGGCAGCACUCCCCCAGAAGCAGCAGCAGCAGCAGCGAGGCUGUGAGCAGGCCCGGGGCCCUGCCUGCCUCUCUGCCUGCCUCCCUGCCCGCCGCCCUGCCCGGGGCGCUGCCCGGGGUGCUGCCCACCUCCCUCUCCGCCUCCCCCACGCCCUCCCUCGCCCCCACCAGCCCAGACACCACCCCAGACCAGUCGGAGCAGCCUGGACCAGAGACGGAGGCAUCAGAUCAGAUAUCUGAGGAGGAGGAGGAAGAGGAGGAGGAAGAGGAGGAAGAGGAAGAGGAGCUCAUCUCUGUUGUGCUGCAGUCUUCAGACGGUGACGAGGCACUGGUCCCGGGGCGCAGGGCGUCGCUGUCGGACCUGAGCAGGGUGGAGGACGUGGAGGGCCUCAGCGUCCGACAGCUCAAGGAGAUCCUCGCUCGCAACUUCGUCAACUUCAAGGGCUGCUGUGAGAAGUGGGAGCUGAUGGAGAGAGUCACCCGCCUGUACAACGACCAGAAAGACCUCCAGAACCUCGUGUCCAACACUGAGAAUGAAGAAGAGUCCGCGGCGCCCAAAAGCCUGGAGGAGAACCUGUGCCGGAUCUGCAUGGACUCUCCCAUCGACUGUGUUCUGCUGGAGUGUGGUCACAUGGUCACCUGCAGCAAGUGUGGCAAGCGCAUGAACGAGUGCCCCAUCUGCAGGCAGUACGUGGUGCGGGCGGUGCACGUGUUCAGGUCCUGAUGCACGGAGGGGUGGGGGGGGUCACGAGGGUGGGGGUCAUGGAAGUGGAGGACACAAGAGACCCUGGCUCCUCUGUAGGACUGCAAAUGGUUGAUGGACUGUUUUUUUCUUUCUUUUUGAGGCAAAACCACUCGAACCCUGUCCUCCCCUCUCCAGACUCUUCACUACUUGUCCUGAAGCCGUUUUCCUGCUUCUAAGGUCCAUGGGUUCAUGUGCUAUUUGAGAGCUCCCACAUCUGUGUUGGUGUGGCAAAUGCCAUGAUGCAGUGUCAAUAGCAGCUAUCCCUUUCUGGAAUUCUUGUGUUUCUCAAACCUACACAACACAGGAUCGUAUUUGUGGCUCUGCCAACAUUCUUGUGUUGCAUGCCAGUAUAGACUCAUAGGGUACUGUAGCCCCCUGCAGGCCUUACUAGAUGGUGUGAAACAGUUGUGAAGGCUAGCUUACUUUACAUAUCAACAAUCAACUAGAUUAUCCAUGUUGGUGCUAUUGGCCCAGGGCUGAAGGGAAACGUUUGCUGAAGGACAACCCUUUUUGAUGUAGAUGCCAUGUGUCAACUUCUAGAUCAAGGAUAUGACUCUCAUAGGGACAUAUAACGCGAAAUCAGAGUACUUCAAGGAAUGUGUCAACCCCUCUGGGUGGGUUUCAUUCCCCUCACCUUACCUGCAUCCCAGCGGUUGUGUUCAUUGGCUGUGCGGCUAUGGUCAGCCGAUGACAGGACACAAAAACUCAAGAAGAAGCUUGAGGAAAUAGACUAAACUUUUGCCUGUUGACUGGAAGGAAGGUUCCAUUCAUGUUAAGUCAAAUUAAAUUUCAAUGUAAAAAAUAAAAUAUAAAACUGAGAUUAGCGAUUUAAUUUGAAAGACACCAUGAGCCUUGAUAUGAAAAUCAAAAACCAACACAACGAUAAACAAGGCAUUCACAGCGUUUUAUUUGUUCUGUGGAAGAAUCUCUCCUACCCCCACUGUGUCAGAACAGCCGCCCAGAAACCACCACGCCAGUACUGUUCUCCUGCAAACAUUCACAAGAAUGACUGAGUAGAUGUUUAGAUCAGUUUCAGUAGCAUCUAUUUCAUAGCCAUUUUAAAUCACGAGCAGAUGAAUAUGGGCAACUUCGAAAGGUACCUCGCAUCCAGACAUGUUAGUAAAUACUUUAACUGUUUACUCUUGUGCUUUUUACUACUGUACAUGUUGUUUUAUAGGCAAUGAAUGAACCAUGAAAUAGCUCAUAAUGGAUAAUACACUUACUGUAUACAACUGUUUCAAGUAAUGCACAUCUCCUAGGAUGUUGGCAACAUCUCAGAUCACAUGGUCUGCCUGAACUGAAUGUAACUGGUUUUUGGUUGUUUUCAAUAACAAGACCAUUUCCUACGACUGUGACUGACAAUAUCACAAACAGAUUUUUUUACACUUGUUUGUUUGAAUGUCUCUUGUCAAUAACUAUGCUGACAUCAUGCAAGAACAAUAGUCUCACAUGUACAGUGUUUAGGAGAGCAAAUGUUAUUAUGUCUUAUGGUUGCAAAAUAACAUGUUUUCACGUCAACCAUUUCUGUUUCAGCCCGAUCUUCCAUUUUAAUACUCAGUAUACAGAAUUCAGCACAUUGACCUAGAUGGAAUAACCAUUUAGCUCAGAAACAUUCUGAAGAAUAAAAUGUACUUUUCCACCUCAGUAAGCAAACCACUUUUUCCAGACAAAGAACAGAUGAUUUUACUGAAUAGUCUCUACUUAAUACUCACAAGGCUUGUUGUGUCUUUAACAUGUGAAUUGAUGCUGACUAAUAACAGUAUUUAAAGCAAUGCCUUCAAACUGAUAAAUAUUGCUUUGUGGGUGUAACAUUGACCUCAAGAUAACUUAUGUAGUGUGUGAGAUGGUGCGGUCUCUAAUCUGCCCUGCAAAUCAUGUUGUCCUCUUGCUGUUCAAGGACUUAAGUGUCCAUGUGAAUUUGUAAUUUGGUGAUUUAAAAUUGAGGUGUUGUCAAAUUUGGAGAACAGUGUGUGCUGCUUAGCAACCGUUACAUGUUAGACUUUUGUGGAAAUUUGAAUCUUUUCGAUGCAAACAGCGAGUCCACUUAAAAGUGUGUAAUACGUGUUUACUAGAUUAGAAAAGAGUUGAUUCAGCCCCCGAAAGAAAAAUUACGACUUCUAUUCGAUUAUUAUAAUGGAAAGAACAAGUUACGCUGAGAUUUGCAUGCAUUCUUAAAAAAAGAAAUUAAAAAAGGAGACUGCUCUGACAAAAGUCUGAUUGAAAACACUUGGAAUGACUCAUAUAACUGUAUGUUUGAAGAAUUCUGUUUGUGUCGGUAUACUCAGAUAAUACAUUUUGUUCAGCAACUGUGAAAUUGUAUGAUUAAUCCCAUACCACAGUAUAAUUUCAAUAUUUGAGUGUGUUGUACAUUUGUCAAUCUAUUAGCAUGUGCUGUUGCUUUUGUUGUAGUUUCCCAGCAGUGUAAGCUUUGAGCUAAGUGCUGGAUCAACUCUUUAAACUACAAUCAAAGUUAAUAGGGUUUAUAAUUCAAGAAAAACAUAUAUUUUUGAAAAUGUAUUAUAUGAUAUUGAUGUCCUCCUGUGCAUAUAUUUUGUUUGACAUUUUUAUAUUUAUAAAGUAUAAUCAAGUAAACAACAGACUUGAAUUCCUUUGAAAAUGUAUGCCAAUUAAAACUUUGUGAUGCAUAAAAGUUAUCUGGGCAUGUAGGCCUAAUAAGACUGUUAAAAUGCUUGAUUGGUAUCUAACUGUAUGUUUGGAUUACUUCCAAUUUGAUUAUAUGUUUAUGUUGGAGUCAUGUCCACCAGCAGGAAUAGAAGCUAUCCAAAUACAGCCAUUCUUGUAAGCAAAACGUUUGUGAAAAUCCUAAUUUUUCUCCCCGCUUAUAUUUUUAAAAA